AAUUUUUUUUUAUUUUUUUAAUAUAUAAAUAUUUUUUAAGUUAUUAUUUUUUGUUCCAAGUAUAAAAGAGUGAGAGCGUGAUCUAUGUUGAGCCUUUCCAAAAUUAUGUUAUGGGAGCUGCCAAAGAAUCGAACCCGUGACUGACACUACUCUCCCAGAUCUUAUUAUCUCUGGUUCUGGAAUCUUCGCGUGUGUUUCUAUACAUAUAUAUUUACGCAUAUUCAUGGAAGUACUGUAUUGGAGAGAAGAAGAAGAAGAUACGAAUUGGGGAAUAAAGAUAAACAAGUGAUCGAUGAAGUUCUACAUCUCGACUUCGGGGAUAAAGAGGGUUACGAUAUCAAGUUCUGGUGCCGGUAAGGCCGCUUCACCGACUACAUUCACACCGACGGCGGCGACGGCUGGGACUAGGCGGAUUACGAUUCGGACCUUGCUGCCGGUGGUUUUGGUGCUCGGGCUUCUUUUGCCCUUUCUAUUCGUCCGAGUUACCUUUCUCGUGCUUGAAUCCGCCACCAGUUGCUCAUCCACUCUCGAUUGUAUCGGACGAGGUCUUUUCAGCGGGAGUGAUUCGUCUCUGAAGCUUAAGGAUGAGUUGACAAGAGCACUAGUAGAAGCAAAAGAAGUCGAGCUUCAUAAUGAGGACGGGUUGGAAUCUUUUGACGAACUUGUAAAAGAGAUGACAUCAAAGAGGCAAGACAUCAAGACUUUCGCUUUCAAGACAAAGGCUAUGCUAUCAAGAAUGGAGCGCAAGGUUCAGUCAGCCAGACAACGUGAAUCUAUUUACUGGCAUUUAGCUUCACAUGGUGUCCCCAAGAGCUUACAUUGUUUAUGCCUCAAGUUAGCUGAAGAGUACGCAGUAAAUGCCAUGGCUCGAAUUCGUUUACCCCCUCCUGAAUAUGUUUCUCGCCUUUCUGACCCUAGCUUUCACCACCUUGUCCUACUUACUGAUAAUAUUCUAGCAGCCUCAGUUGUUGUCUCUUCUACACUCGAAAACUUGGCCAAUCCUGAAAAAUUGGUGAUCCACAUUGUUACUGACAAGAAGACUUACACUCCAAUGCAUGCAUGGUUUGCAAUGAAUCCUGUUAAGUCAGCAGUUGUGGAAGUAAAGGGGCUGCACCAAUAUGAUUGGUCUCAGGAAGUUAAUGUUAAAGUCAAAGAGAUGUUGGAGAUCAAUCGCUUGAUAUGGAGUCAUUACUACAAUAAUUUGAAAGAAGAAGAUAUUGAACACGAGAGUCAAAAUAAAAGGUACUUAGAGGCCUUAAGUCCCGGCUGCCUUUCUCUAUUGAAUCAUCUCCGAAUUUAUAUCCCUGAGCUAUUUCCAAAUCUCAACAAGAUUGUGUUCUUGGACGAUGAUGUUGUAGUGCAGCAUGACAUAUCAUCUUUGUGGGAAAUGGAUCUCAAUGAGAAAGUUGUUGGCGCAGUUGUGAGUUCAUGGUGCGGAGAGGACUGCUGUCCAGGAAAAAAUUUUAAGGACUACUUAAAUUUUUCACACACUGCUGUAUCAUCCAACUUUGAUCAUGAUCGCUGUGCAUGGCUAUAUGGUAUGAAUGUCUUUGAUCUUGAAGCUUGGAGGAUGUCCAACAUCACAGAAACUUACCAUGAAUGGUUGAAACUUAACCUCAGAAAUGGGUUGUCAUUAUGGUAUCCAGGAGUAACUGCACCAACCUUGAUUGCAUUUGAGGGUCAUGUACAUCCGAUUGAGCCCUCAUUCCACUUGGAUGGAUUAGGUUUUCGCAAUCCAGACGUUAGUGAUCGGCAACUUCUGGAAGCUGCCGCGGUUAUACAUUUUAGUGGACCUGCAAAGCCGUGGCUUGAGAUUGGGAACCCAGAGGUUCGAGGCUUGUGGAAUAAACAUGUAAAUUCGUCAAACAACUUUAUGAGAAAAUGUAGAAUCAUGGGGUGAAAGAGAAAGAAGUUGUCUCUCUCAUUCUGUCACAUAUUCAUUUUGGAACAAAAACCAUGGGCACAGUUUGGGACUAGAGGGAAGAAGGUUUUGCCUUCAGUCUCUGCUCACACUAAAGCUCUGGACCGACCGAUAUAAGAUGCUUUGUCCAUAAUAGAAAAUAGACCAUGAAGGUACGUACCUCGGAAAUACACUAUAGUCAAAAUUCGUAUUCAACCUUCAAGAGAGAUUAUAUGGUUGUAACUCUGACAUUAAUAUUGUAAAUUUUAGUUGCAUAAUUAGAUGUAACUCUUGAAAACGGUUUAAAAGUGUUAUCAUUCUCUCGAUAAGCAUUCCAAACUAUGUAUACCAAGUAAUACAUGCGAGAAGUGUUUAUUUUUUCCCUUAUUCUAUGGAUUAGAGAAUAUAUAGUAACUCAUUACUUCCACCUUGAUUUAUUAAAAGGUUUGGAAUAAUAUUAUUUUUCCUUUGUAGUUGUUGUAAUGGAUUCAUGGCUUUAGGAAUUUGUCUUCUUUUUUAA